ACGACUCAACGAUGUAUCAGACGCAUUUUAUUUUUCAAUUAUACAAUUCAAUAGUUAGCUAAAUGACUUUUUCAUUUGUGUUUUUUUUAUAUUUAUAUUUUUAAGUAGUAUGACUCAACGCGACUCCGACGGGAAUGGAAGAAACUGCAUGCGUCUGAUCGUUAUCGAACAAUCUCCGUAUUAUUUUAAGAUUUACUUCCGGAGGAAUGACUACUUUGAUAUUCGGCGUUGGCAUAGGAUUAUUUAUCAUCCUUGGCUUGUGGGUAUUAGCUGCGCUGAUAUUUUUGAUAUCUUUGCGCAUCGAGAAGAAAGUCGGCGCUAUCGCUAUAUUGCUCGUGAGCGUGCUGACGAUUAUUUUGAUUAGUGUACCGCGCGCAUCGGAGAAGCCCGCUGCUACGGAGAAUAAGGUAUACGAUCGACUUUUCGUCUGGCGUAUAAUACUCCUUAUUUUAUUACUUAUUUCAUCUAUAAUUGGUCUUACGGGAUAUAUCAAAUUUGGAUUGGUGGAAACUGUCAGACCAGUCAGGAUAUCCAAUUGGGUUUACUAGAUUUCUCUGGUGCUUUUGUAGAGCAGCAAAUGUGAAGAUAUUCAAUGUUUGCAGAUAUAGUUAAUUUAUAGAUGUGACAUCAGUCUUUUUGCACACACAUU